GACAAAUAUUUAUGUAUUGACAUUUAUUGACAGUAGUGUCUAGCAACUGCAAACUAACAUACUGUUAAACUGAUUAAAAAAUGAAGGGGAUUUUAAUUUUUGAUCAUCUCAACGAUGUUCUUUUUACGAAGUGCAAUAAAAAAUUCGCUAAUCACAUACAGAAACUAGCUAGGACUCAAGGAUUGAUUUCGGAGAAUAAGAAUUCAGAUGACACAGACUCAAGGCUUAAUCCAAAUGUCAUAAUGCAAUUGUUUUCACCUAUUGUUACAUCUCAGCAUGUAAUGGCUUCUCAGUUCGGUAAUUCUUAUACAUCAAUGAAAUGCCAUGAUGGUACAAACAUGGUGUUCGAUGAAUUUAUGGGAUAUACUUUUAUUUAUAUUUCUUUGGAAGAUGUAGAGUUAAUGAAAAGAAUGUUGGGCGUAUGUGUAGCAAUUGUUAGGCAUGUCUGUGGACCAGAUGUUGGAAUAUUGAAGAUAAGCAGACAAAAAGUAUGCUUAGUUUCCUCCUUGUUAGAUGCAUGGGUGCAUUUAAGAGAUUGUGAACAAAGUAUGCUUACAGAAGCAAUAGAACAAUUAUCAAUAAACACUGAUUUAGGAGUAUCAAUAUUAAAAGUAUUACAUGAUGCUUGUGACAAAUUAAAGACUCAGUCUGAAUUUUCUAAUGUCCACAUUUUAAUAUUGGUGGAACAGAAGUUUUUAUCAUUAUAUUCCAGUAAAAAUGCCCAUGACUUAUAUGCUUCUGACAUAUUGAUGAUGAUGCUCAUGUGUUGGGUAGUCAGUCAAAAACGAAAACGCGAUUAUGAAACUGGGCUAAAUAGCAGUAAUGAUGACGACCGUAAUGAUAUUCUCUUGCCUGACAAUAGUUCUUCCAAAGAGGAGCAACUGACUUUUGGAGCAAAGCUUUCAAAUCCUACUUCGGAAGACAUUACAAACUUAUUUAGAGGGUCAAGAGAAUCUUCCAUCAAUGAAGGUUUAUAUUCUUUAAUGGAUGAUGGCUUGUGCAGCAAUCUAAUCCUGCUUGGGUCUGAGCAUGAUUACACUGCUAAUGCAGUACAUAUUUUCGAAUUAGCCGAUGGUAUUAAUCUGGUCAUGAUAGUGGAAGUUACUAAUCUUGCUACAUCAUCUGGAUUAUAUGAUAGUUUUUAUUAUUUAAAUAUCAUCAAUGGUCUGCAACUUCAAAGGGAUAUUGACGAGUUAAGGCCAGCAUUUGAAAAUUUUGACUUGGCAAUGAAGAAGGCAUUAGAUGGAAUUAAGAAGAAUAGGGCGAAUGUUAGUAACGAUGUAGAUAUGUGUCAGAGAAGGUUGCAGGUAAAGUGGGAGUUUGUUAGGAAAAAAUAUAUGGAUCUCUUGAAAUCUAGGGAUCCAGAAUCUAUUCUUCAGAUUGAAUCCAAUACAUCUGGCUUCACAGACAAUUUGAAAGAAUUAUACAGACUAACGUGUUUUGACAAGAACUUUUUAAAACACGGCAUUGAUGUGCUUACAACUGUAGGUAGACUUGUUCGUCAAAAACUGAACGAUUUCAGUGAUUUUCUUAAAGUGAAAGCAUUGAAGAACUUCACCCUUGGAUCGAGAACUUCCCUAACCAUCAAUAAAUAUUUAGAAGAGUUUCCAGGCCUUGUGCAUUUCAUAUACAUAGACAGAACCACUCAUCGGCUGACAGCGCCGACAUUAGACUUCACAAAUCCCGAAACUCUCACUCUUACAACCAAAAAGAUUUGGAAUAUGGUGAAACAAAGUAGAAUGCAUUUAGAAGAAGGACACUUAUCGGUCAUGUGGAAAGAUACAACAUUCAAUUAUGCCUACUUCUUAUGGUUUGAGGACAGUUCAGGAUCACCAUUGAAGUGUAAAGUUUAUUUGAACCAUAUAAUGAAAAAUUUUCCAGUGCCAGGUAUAUUUUGCGGAGAUUACUAUAGAAAAUUAGCGGAAACGUGUUUUCCGAAGUUAUCCGCAAAUAAAAUCAGAAUCUACGAACUCUAUUGCGUUCACCUUGGCUUGGCAACGUCUUCGUGCGUUUUGGAACAUUCCAGGAGACUCGCGGCUACUAUAUGGGAAGUCACAGGUGUCCCGAAUAAUCCUGCCGACAUACUUUAACAACAUUCCAAUCGAAGUAUUUCUGUACAAAACAAAAACUGAAGUUCCCCUUUAACGCAAAUAUCUUACGCUACGAUUAGUAUUUAGAAGAAAAAAAAACUAUUUAAAAAGACUUUUAAUUACUUGUGAAGUACUUAACGCACGUAUUAAUUCGAAUAUUUAUAAAACAUAGUAAUUAAAACCGUCAGUAUUUAUUUUAUACAUUAAAUACUUAAAAAUGUAAUGGCACGGUGUUAAAAC